CACAGUACGGGGGAUCUAAAAAUACUGGGCGGAACACAUCACAGACCACCACGGUCUUUGUUUUUUAACGGUGUCUCUCUUGGAAAAUCGUCAUCGAAAAUCUUCAGUCAUAUGACACUUGAGCGCGAAUUACCGUUGGAGCUCGCCUACUACUCGACAUUGGAGUUUAUCUUUUUUUCGGAGAGAGUUUAAAUUCACUAUUCUUGGCUUAUGUCAAUUCACGGUGGAUGAAAACUUUUCGAGGAUUGACGUGAAAAUGAUAAAUUCAGAGCGAUGGAUUCAUUUGAUUAUUUUCGUUCUGGGAGUACCAUUAAAUCAAGGCGGGCAUGGAAUAGCACAAGUUGCCCUCAAUUACAAUGGCACACCGAGAACAACUUGUCAAGGAAGUGGGAGAAACAAUAGCAAACCAAUUGAUCGAUAUGAUUCGUCUAUCAUGCUUCGACAAUUGCGAUCCGAAAUGAUUCGCAUGACAUCCGUACAGGAUAAGCCGCUCGAUGGAUAUAUUGUACCUUCCAAUGAUGAUCAUCAGAGCUCGAUUCCAUUAUCACAUGCUCGGAAGGGUCCCUCGGAGAGUGAAACAGUUUUACCCCACUACAUGAGACGAGAAUUCCUCACGGGAUUUCGUGGCAGUGCUGGAGAGGCAUUGGUAACAGCAAAUAAAGCCAUAUUAUGGACCGAUGGGAGAUAUCAUAUUCAGGCAGAUCAUCAACUAGACUGUAAUUGGAUUCUCAUGAAAUACGGUGACGAAGGCGUACCUUCAAUGACCCAAUGGUUAAAACAAGAAUUUCAAAACAACUCUGAAGCUCGCAUAGGCGCUGAUCCCAAAUUAAUUCCAGCGAAAACAUGGAUCGAUUGGGAAAAAGAAUUGGGGGAAUCGUCGAUACAUCUCGUUGCCGUUCAUAAAAAUCUCAUCGAUAUAAUUUGGCAAGUGAAUCGUACAUCUGACAUUACCCAUCCCGCCUAUAAAUUGAAAAAUGAAUUCUCGGGUAAAUCAUGGCAAGAGAAAAUUCACCAAGUGAGAUGUCUAAUGGAGAAUGCAUCAGCAGAUGCUCUCGUUAUUACAGCAUUGGAUGAUAUCGCUUGGCUGCUCAAUAUAAGGGGCUGGGACCUACCUAAUACACCAGUACUCAGGGCCUAUGUGGUACUCACUCCUCAAGCUAUUCUUCUCUAUACCGAUCGUAAAAAAAUCAAAAGAAGCGUUGAUUUACAUUUGAAGACCGAUGGCUGUUACUAUGCAGACUGUGUGCGAAUAGUCAAUUACUCAGAAAUUUGGAAUGAUCUACGAACGUUAUCUCAAUCAUGGACCAAAGUAUGGUUACCAGCACCCUGUGGCUAUGCUCAAGGUGUAUCGAGGCAAAUAUAUGUAUCUAUUCCACCGUCAAAACAUUUAUUCAAACCCUCACCCAUUAUUGCACUGCGAGCUGUAAAAAAUGAUAUUGAAAAAAAUGGAAUGAGACAGGCACAUAUAAGAGACGCUAUAGUGAUGUGUGAUUUUUUGGCUGAUAUGGAGUUCCAAAUGAGUAUUAAUCGAAAAGAAUGGGAUGAAAUGCAAGUUGUGAGGGCUAUCAACGGAUUUCGAUUCGAAAUGGAUUAUAAUCAGGGCAUUGCAUUUCCGACUAUUGUUGGGUAUGGAGCUCAUGGAGCACAACCGCAUUAUGAACCCACUGAGAGGACUAGUGCUCUCAUUGGAAAAGACUCAACAUUGGUCAUUGAUUCAGGAGGACAGUAUUUCGAUGGAACUACCGAUGUAACGAGAACCUUUCAUUUUGGUGAGCCAACUGAGGAGCAGAAGAGAGCAUACACAAGAGUGCUCAUCGGUUCGAUUCAAUUGGCAUCGAUGGUAUUCCCGGCUGAUCUCAGGGCCGAUCAACUCGAUGUUUUUGCAAGAGAACCUCUGUGGAAAGCCGGAUAUGAUUAUAUGCAUGGGACUGGGCAUGGAAUAGGCCAUUUUCUAUCUGUUCAUGAGUCUCCUAUUAGUGUCUCAUAUAUUCAAAAUACAACAGUUACACCAGGAUGUAGUACGCGUCUACAACCGGGAAACUUUUUAUCCAACGAACCAGGAUAUUAUAAAAAUGGAAAAUUUGGCAUUCGAUUGGAGAAUGUUCUCGAAGUUGUUGAUGCCGAAAUAAAAAAUACAAAAUUACUAAAAUUUCGCGAUGUCACAUUAGUUCCUUAUGAGCCUAAACUUAUUGAUCUUAGUAUGCUCAAUAGAUCACACCGACGAUGGUUGAAUAAUUACAAUAGGCGAAUUAGAGAGGAAGUUGGUCCUGAAAUACUGAAAAAAUAUAAGAUGGAGGCAUACCAGUGGAUGGAGAAAAGAACACGAAGCAUUCCGGAGGAGGGUGAAGUAGAUGUUGAUUAUUUCACGGGAGAUUCCAAUCCCAUACUCUCGAAAACCUCGCAUCUACUCAUUAUUCUUGUGAUAUUCUUUCAUAUAUGGCACGUUGCAUACAUGAUCUGCAGCUGAGAAUUAUAUAGCAUAUUGAGCAUUGCAUUUAAGUAGAACCCAUUAUGAUAAAUUUUAUAGAAAAACUUGGACUGUAUGAGAUACAAAGUUUUUUAUAAAGCAAAAAUAAAUAUAUAUUUAUGGGAUGAUGAGAUUCCACUUCAA